AUGGCGGCCCUGACGUGCAAGCGGUGGCUGAACGCUUUUUGUUCACCCAACGUUUGGCGCAAAUUCACCUAUUAUCCUCCACCUCAGGGCUUGACUCGUCUCCAGUAUGACAUAAAAACCUACUACAUGGCUCGGUACGUUCUACUGCACGCACCAUCUCUCACGCCAUUUUUUAUUAUUUUUUCAAAGUGGACGUCAGAAUUAUUCCUCUGGAUUUCCGGCUCCGCUCAGAUCCACCUCUUAUUCUGUCGCCCGGCACGUCUCCACCUACAAACAGCUAUCAGCAAUACUUUGCCACGCCUAGGGUGCCUUGAACUCGUAGUGCUGGUUUAACCGGUACAGGUAAACAACUACUUGGACUCAAGUUCAGGUCUCUGGACUUCCCAACCAGAGGCUAGAGUAUGGUUAGUUGGUGACGAAAAACGCCCCAGAAAAGGCUUUCCAGUGUCACUGUCCCUCCACUGACUGCUCUUCGCGGUGCGACCGCGUGUGAGGGCACUAGACGGAGAGUCCAGUACAAAGUGGAACUCCCGAUUUCCGUCCCACGGUUAGGCGCGAUUGUUAAUUACACGGCUUAAACUGUUAGAGGGCAAGUGAGAUGUGACACAGCAGGAAAAUUAGCCGGAACACGAGUUUAACAAUUUUACCGUCAGGCUAUUCAAAAGAGGAGGGGUGAGAAGGAGAUGUCUUUUGACAAUCGGACUCCAUUGCCGAGUGUGGCACGACAUCGUAGAGGUUGUGACUUCUCAGCCUAGCGAUGAUAUAUUUGUCUUGCAAUUCGACGCCCAUGGAAGCGAGCCCACCAGCGUAAAUACUUGGGCUGGCGAACAAAACCAGAUAAAUGUUGACCGAGGUGUCUUCAACGUCGGUGAAUGUGUGUGUGAAGCCUGUCUCUAUUAUGAGAGGUGCACCAGCCAUAUCGUGGCAUACGCAGAUGGAAGCUUUAUGUUGAGUAAAUCACUGUUCCAUCCUUUGUCUCCAUGUUGUACAAGAGAUAAGUCAUUUAUUAAUCAGGUCACUACUCUUCGAUACUUUUAAGUGAAAUUCGACCGUCUCUGCCUCAAACGAGACAGUUUACACUCGUGACAACAUCAAGGGGACUAUUCAAGCAAUCUGAGGAAGACGGUUGUAUUUUUUGACCAAAUUAUUCGAAGCCCUAAAAUCCUCACCCGCACUGGAAGUGGCGAAGGCGUGAUCGACUUAAAACUUGUCUAAACCCUAUCUCUCACUAUUUUGAAGGAACCAUUGAUCCUUCAGUGUCCUAUCUUGCCCGUGGAGGGAGGGAGUGUAGUAUAUCUGGUUUGUCACUACACACAGAGCGGAGGAGGAGAUCGACUACAUCGUCCAUGAAUACAUUCGGACCGUUUACCCAUACAAUAGGCGACGGAACUGAUGAAACUUGCCUGAAUCCACAAAAGUGCCUAGUAGAUUUUGAAGGCAUUUUUACGCUGGCUAGAAAUAACGAUGUUCUUUAUAAAAUUGGAAAUUCUGAAAGCUCGAAAAUUGGCGUCAAAUGAGUAAAUAUAGUUUGUAGUGGUACCUAACACAUGUUCAUGCAAACAGCUAGAUCAAUAAGAAAGUGUAGCAUAACGUCGAGAAAAACCGUUUGCAUAAUCUAUUUUAGAUACUCCGCUGAGAAUUACUUCAAUAUACUAUAUGGUGGCCGGUCAACUUCUGGUUUUUCAGACUGAUACCGAGUAGUGGAAGUCGGGGCUUUUCAUUUUUGCUCGAAAAAAAUGGUUUCUGUAGAUUUUGCCUGUCAAAUCUUUUCAUAUAAGACAGCCGUUGUACAUCUUCUGUGUGUGUUAUGUAUUCUCAGACGAUCCUCUUCCUGUCUAUUACUAUUUGGGUCAUAUUUGCAAGCCCACUUGGGCAUGAGACUCGAUUGCUCAAGAGAAUGAAUAUCUAUCACAAAGACUUGCGAUGAAUUUGCCAAUGGUCAGGUAACAACCUCCAAUAAAGCAGUUAACGUAACAUGAAAUGUGCCUACACUUACGAAAAAUCUUAAAUCCAUCGGACGCCGGCCCAAAUGUGCAGCAUUUAAAAUUUCCAAUUAGUAAUGAACGACCUUCAGUUAACUUAAAACGAAAAAAAUUUAAUACAAGUAAUAUUAAGUUGGGUAGAAAUAGCAAUCUUCACAAGAUAGGCCGAAAUAUUCAGAGUUCGAAAAUUAGUUUCAAAUGUGUAAAUUUCAUAUUUGUACAAGUGCAUGCUGUACAGUAGGUGUGCUACUCUUGAAAUGCUAGCCGAGAUUCCGAAAUGUGUCUUCCUUUCUAAAAGAUUACUUAAGUGGGGUUUAAAAAGUCAUCAUCGUGUAGUAUAAGUCUAUAAUAAUUCAGAUACCUCGGGAUGCCAGCUUUCGAACAAACAUCUUUCCGGCCACAUGCAAAAGCCACACUAUGUAAAAAAAAUGGCUACUUAAAUAGCAUGCAUUUUUCUCACCCACUUCCGAUGCCCUUAAAACUUCAAUUAUAUUUCAUGGAAAGCAUGCAUAACAAUAUUCAUUCUUCUGCGUAGUUGGCAGAAAAUUACCUCUUCUCUCAAUUUUAUGCUCGAGCGAAGGGUAAACUUCGGUUUUAAGAAAGUUUCCAAUUAUGAGAUUUUUUACGUCGCGAAAUGCCCGUUCAUAAAAAAAUCUUUUCUCCGCAUUUACUGACGUUGCUUGUAAAGUCUAAAAUAUGGCUUAAAUCCAUUGCUGAAUUUUAUGAACCCCAUAUGGUUUCCUCUUAUUACCGUAGAGAAAUGUAUGGUUUUCCGUACACAAUGAAUAUAUGUUUUGUAGUUUGGAAACCCUCAAUGCAAGUGUAACGCAGGUCGGGUUCAAAAUUAUUCGGGAGUUGGAAAAUCUUUAAAACCGAAGUAUACCCUUCCGUCGAGUGUAAAAUUGCAAAAAGACUUGAUUUUCUACCGAAUUAGCAAAAAGGAUAAACAUUUUUCUGCAUUUUUUCCAUGAAAUAUAAUUGAAUUACUAAGGGCAUCGGAAAUCAAUAAGGAAAAUCCAUGCUACUUAAGUAGUCAUUUUUAUGGAGCGUGGCUUUUUCAUGCAGUCAAAGAGAUGUUCGUUCGAAAGCCGGCAUCCUGAGGUAACUGCAUUAUUAUAGAAUCAUACUGCAUGAUGAUUGCUUUUAAAACCCUACUUAAGUAAUUUUUUCGAAACGACAACGCAUUUCAGAAUUUCGAUUAACAUUUCAGUGUUUGAAAUGUUAACCGGAAUUCUAAAGUUUAAUUUCGAUUAGAAGGGAUUACUUGGGUGAUGUUGUAAUAUUGAUCAUCGGGCAUCAUAAUUCCGAGAUAUUCUAGUCACGCCAUGAUGUCGACCUUUGCGCCUCUUUCCAGCCGCAUGCAAAAGACCGCACUCUGUAAAAAAUGACCACUGAGGCAACAUGACUUUCCCAAUCAAAUUCCGAUACCGUUAUCAAUUCAAACGUGUCUUAUGGAAAACAUGCACAAAAUGUACUUUCUAGUGCUCAUUUGAUAGCAAAUUACGUCUUCCUAGAAUCUUAUUAUUGAAGGAAGGGUAUUUUUCCGUUUCAAAAUGCUUCCAAUCCCCUAAUAAUUUUGAGCCGGACCAGCGGUCGCACUUGCGCUCAAGAUUUCCAAAUUACAUCCUGUAUGAGGAAAAUAAUAUGCGCCCCUAAUAUAUUAAGAAGACGUCAUAAAGGACGCAUAAAAUUUUGCAACGGAUGUGACCCAUCCCGCCUACCUCCAAACAGCAUUACUAAACAGACAGAUGCGAUGCUGUAUGAAUGGACAUUUCACGGUCUUAAAAGACCUCAUAAUUGCAAACUUUUUGAAAACUGAAAGAAGCCUUUAUUCGAGUAUAACAUUUAAAGAAGGCGUAAUUUGCUAUCAAGAAAGAAUAUUCCUAUGCACGUUUUCUACAAAUAUACUUACAUCAAAAGGAAGCUCGAAAUUCGAUGGAAAACGUCGUACUACUUAAGUAGCUAUUUUUCCACCGAGCGUGGUUUCUGUAAGCGGUCGACAGGAGGCACAUUCAAGAGCCGGUAUCCUGGUUUGACCGAAACAUUUUUGGGCAGUGCUGCACGGUGGUCACUAUCGCAACGCCACCUAAGUAAUCGAAAAUAAAUUCCAGAAUUUCCGCCAAUAUUUCAUAAGAUAGACCAAAUACUGUAAAUGGCGAGUUUCUGAACAUUUUUAUCUCCUGCAGACGACUGCUCGAGUCAUGUCUAUAAUCUCGCCCAAACAUGAAACCUAGUAACUAAAGUCGGUGGAGCUGCACAGUGAAGCCCUGAGGUGAAAAUUAUCUUAAUCAAAUGAACAUCCUCCAAUAAGUUACCUCCUUAGAAAUUCCGUUGUUAGGGUAUUUGCUUGAUGAAUUGCCAUGUCCAUCACCCUUGUCCAAAGUGAAUUCGUGGGAAAAAUUGAAGCAUUUCGCUCACCCGUGCACCUUCUUGACAGAUGCUGACACUGUUUCUGCUUCAACUGAGGACUCCUUUUUCGUUCACUUCUAUUAUUCUUGGACUCUGUUCUACAAUUAUAAAUGCACCAAAGAAUGACCAUGUAAAUAUAAAAAAUAGUUCUCAAGUGGCUGGUGCCAUGCCUGCACCGUUUUUAAAUGGCACAUUAACAGAAACUAGAUCACAGAGAAUGCAUCCCGUCAUAUGCCCAGAACUUGCAAUGGUCACCUGCUUGUGGGCCUUGUUGCAGUUGCUCCUGGCACAUUUUUACAUGGCGAGAACUUGUCGGUGUGUUAAAACGAAAAGACUGCCUAUUUAUUGCUCUUGAAAACUACACAUAUUUCUAAAUCGGAGUUUUAGAGAAAAACUUUUUUUCUGCCAAUAACACUUUUGGUCACAUCGGGCCUUACCCGGUUUACGCGGACUGGAAAAUCACGCGUGAAGUUGGCGUUGGUUUCUACCUGAAACAAGCGUAACACUGCACCAUCAUACACUCUGAGCCCUUAUUUUCCCUUAUCGACUCCUAUUCUUCCAACCCUUAUAUACGAUAUCACUUCGGACCGCUCUCCGUCAAACAAAAGACCUUGAACACGAGAACAUUAAAUAUUCGGGGACGGAAAUUCGCUAGUACUUGAGACUCUCAGCUAUGAGGGGUAAACAAACCUGUUGGAUUUGACGAAGUCUUAUUUUCUUUGCGAAUUGCUGUGAACAGGGGUAAAGGAUGCUGUGGUGAACAUUUCUCGCUUAUUUACUGUCAGCAGCUUAUCAUGCACCGAGCCUAGCAACUGGCACACACACGAGGCUUGAACGCGCACCUAGAGAGUCACUGAUAAUUUGAGUUUAACGCUCUAUCCACCCGAGGUUCCGAUCUCACCCCCAGUCGACUGAAGUCAGUAACAUGUAUUCACUUUACACUGAAGUUCAUCAGCUUAUCGUGACUCCAGGACAGAAGUCGACAAUUGUCUUUGAAUUACGACCCAGAGCCCAUUCAGACCGUCACAUAGCGAUGAGCAGCCCAUUAUCGGAGACCGGUACUGACAGAGAUUAGGGACACUGAAAUGGCCGUUACUGUCAAGGUGCUUUUUCCUUGCCAACUUAGCAUCUCUGUCACACCCUAUCAGACCUUCAGGCGAUGUAAUUCAAACUUCCUACGGUUAUUUGGAUGUUCCUGCAUCUCGCGACUUUGAUUUUCUCGUAUCCGCACACAUACGCUCGUUUAGACAUCUCCAAGGUUCACAACACGCCUAGUCAGGUCGUUGACAGUUGUCUGGUUCCGCAUUCCCUGUGCUCAACUUUUUAUCCGCAUCAGCUGUGUAAGGCUCUGGGUUCCCCCAGCCUACGGAAAAAAUCGCAGAGGCAUCUCAGUGAUGAGCCAAGUGCCCUGCGCAGUGUCCCUAGAAAGUACCGCCAGUACAGUCGUAGACGUAGCCUUUUGGCAGCGGGUUUGAGGUAGGCACCUCAACCGAAGGGCCCUGUGAUGGGGCCUUUCGAGGAGAAAGUAUGCAAUUUCUGGGCGGUGUAAAUCCAUCGCCACUGGAAGGAAAAACGGAUGGUGAAGCAAGCAACGGUAAGUUUGGUAAUUUUGGGAGUCGGUCAGAUUUUUAUUUUUUCGAAGACAUGUUGGAAAGAGUCUCUCUCCAGUGACCAUUCAUGGAAGAAGGGUUUGAUGUAUCACUGUCCUUCUUCAUUAGCCAGCUAGUUUUUCUUAUUGUGUAACUACUUUCUUGUAAGCAAAUUGCCAAUAGUCGCAAUUUUUCAUUGCAAUUUCGAUUCAUUCAGUCGUGCGACCAUGGUCGCCUAACCUCUCACAUGGUUUUUUUUCACUACGAUCGGCGAUCGCCCUUCUCCUCAAAUAUUAGAAAGAGCUCGUUGCUCUGUUGAAUAGGCCGCGAUUCAUCCUCUGUUCAAAUGGCUCGAUCACUUACAGUAAAUGACGUACCUUGUGAAGUAUCACGAAAUUGUAUCAAUGAAACUGUCAUUCUUUAAAAAGGGCAUAGUUCCUUUUAGAAAUAACUACUUAUUAGACGACAAAUAUCUUUAUAUAAAAAGCCAGCAACUCAAAAAGGCAUAUAUUUCAGGACACUUAUUUAAGGGUAAAUAUAACGGACAACAAGGAACACAGGUGUAUUAUCAUGAGAAAUGGUAACACAGAGGAAUAAAGGACCGCGCUACGUAAUGCAGGUGGUCUUGUGCAGAAUUCGAUGAAGGGUACCUUCUCCCGUGUUUUAGCACUAACCCAAACCUUAAUCUUUAAAUUUACCCUUGUCUCCCUGGAAUUUAGUACAAAACCACCUUUUAUACGAGGGGUUCCUAUUCCUAUGUCCUACCGGAAAAGUAAUUAACGGUAAUAAGAAGUACAGAAUACCAGUUGUCCGUCGAUUGUUUUUCUGCGUUUAAUACACGAACUAGUCCAGCAGACGUAGAAAGGACUAAUUUCUUCAUUGGUGGACUGGUCUGUGCAAGUAUUAAACACAAAUCCAAACUUCUGCUGUAUUGGGAGCUUUGUGGCAAUUUCGUUUGAAUAACGCGAAAUGAUUUUUAACUGGGUUGAAGUCGGGGUCGUUGUCAAAAUGAAGAUACUUGGAGGGCAGCAGGCGGAGAGGCCGACUGUGGUCUAAAAGUUAUAUGACAGCUGCUGGCGUUAUCAAAUCAUGCGCCGUUUGAUCAAUGAACAGGAGCCUUAUCCUACAAGAUUGUAGCGUCAGUUUGCCGUCUUUGGAUGCCGUUCUAACCGAAGGCAUCCUUCACGAUGUCGAUGAUUACCCUGCCGUUGAUUAUGCCCGUCGUUGGUCACCAGAUUGGCCUUUCAUCGAAUCCGAUGGUCAUCCAAUUCAUCUGGCUUCGACGGUUCUUGAAAGUUGCAAUUGACACAGUGCGUUCUCGUGGGAAGUUAUUCCCACAGAUGAUCAGCUGGGCCGACUUUGUAGGCUUGUCUAAAUACAAGACCUCAUCAUAGAAGUGACUUCUCUUUCAGAAUAAAGCUCUGUAAUUAUUUUACUCCGUAACUGAUAAAAAACGCUCAGUUCCCUACCUAAGCAUUGUGUCGUCAUAGCCUUUUGCAUACGAAGGCCGAAUUUUGUCAUCCUUUUCUUAAUUAUGUUCCCUAUGAAUACUUUUGACGGUCAUAUAAUGAUAAUUUUUAGUGUCCUACAAAUAAAAUCGUCAUCCUUGCAUGUGAACUGACUUGGUCCACCUUGUGUGUUUCUAGACACUGUUCUAUCAUUGAUAAUUUGACCUUACUUAUCUUAAAAAUACUUGUUAAUCGCUUGCGUCUAACCUUUCGGCUACUAAUUUCCGCAUCCGUUCAGAGUCACCUGCAGACAAGAAUUGUCUUGAGAGAGAAAAAGAGGCUCGAGAGAGAGCCCGUAAGGCACAACGGGACGAGUGAGUCCCGUAAAAACGAUCGGUGAGCGCCCCCCUACCAUUGUAUAUUCCCGAUCGCAACCGACAAGACAAAGAGUCCGUGGCUCAGUGGUUAGAGGCGUUGGACUUCUAACUAACAGGUCGCGAGUUCGAGCCUCGGGUGUUCCACACUUCGGGGUUGGGUAUGACUGGCUGACGACGGCCAAUAAGCCGAAAUGCUCAUUCCAGUCUCCCUUGCCUUUGUCGGUAAUACUAUUCUGCCUAUAUUCUGCGUCGCUGUGCUGCUGCUGUUUGGGCUCGAGAGAGAACCCGUAAGGCACAACGGGACGAGUUACGUAAAAACCAUCGGUGAGCGUCCCUCGACCAAAAUUGUCUUGACAUCUUUGUCACAUGGCGGGCAGCAUUUCGCGGGUAGUCCUUAUAUAUCCAUUUACGCUUGUAAUUCUCUCUGUGGUAAAACAAAUUACUUUCGAGCAGGUUUUUUCUACUGCGUCUUGUAGCAAAAAAUCCGGCGAGAUACGAAAAUAAGAACUCCUCACGUAAUACAUGUGGUCUUGCGCUAAGUCCCAGGAAGUAUACCUAUUCCUGUCCUCGAACACUAACCCUAACUUUAAUCCCAAGCCGAAACGUAAUCCUAACCAUAAUCUCCCUUCAAUUUAGCACGAGGCCAUCUGUAUAACCAGGGAGCGGGGAGCCCUAUUUUCAUGUCUUACCAAAAAAUACCACCAGUUUGCGAACCCGAAUUCUUAGACGUGAAUUCGUCCCUCGUCUCUUUAAAUCAAGGCGAUUUUUCAUAGCCGAUCUCACCUGAUGUCUGUGGACGCAAAAUCAGAUUUUCCGGUUCCAGACAGGACUUGUUAUGCACUUUUCUCACUUAUACUAAUGCCCUGUAGCAGCAAAAAGCGUACAAACAGGCGGCCUUGAUCUGUGAUAUUGGACAGCGUAGAAAAUUGCAUGAAUAUCAGAAAAAAAUUCACUUUAACUGAAUAGUAUCUAGUCUUCCCUUCAUGAAGCAGAUUUGAAACAACUUCUUCCGCAGAGAAAGGCCUUCUGUGCCUCAAAUUUAUCUAAUAAACCAAAGUUACAACCUUAUGUACGCCUUUCUGCUUAUUCGGAUUUCGACUACAUUUCACAUGAAGGUAAUUACGCAUAUAUCCCUGUUUGCUCUGUUGAAAAAAUUAUUUCUCUUUCCGUAGUCUGUUUAGACCAUCGGCCAGGCGCUGGGGUGCCAUUUGGGAUCUUCCUAGACUGCCUAGUGCGCAUCGCUUCCUUGCUAAUAGCAAUUUUCUCCAUCUCCUACUUCUCCACAGAGGUAUUCGUGCCGUUGGUUGGCAUGUUCAGUAUCUCCGUUUUCCCGAGACGGAGGACUUUUUCAUGCUCAACCGAAUCCUCUCCCUGAUUGCCGAGUUCUUGGAGGCUCAUCCAAACACUUCACCCCUGCCGACUGACUCCAUUCUCAGUGGCGAGGACGAUCUAUUUUCGGAACUGGCUUUUCUGGAGGCAGCAACUCUGACGACCUGUGCCACUACUCCCACGAGCUCUAGCUCGGAUGCCAGAGCUGAGGAAGAGGAGAGAGAUGUGGAAGAGGAUAGUGCGCCAGUUUGCCCCUCGAGUAAUUCACCCCCUUGGGAUAUCACCGGGGAUCCGAACCUUGAUGCCUCUAUCCGUCUGGCUAUCAAACUCCAGCAGCGGGAAUUUCUUGGGGGAUCCAGCUCGAGCUCAUCGGAGGCAAGUUGCAGAGAAGGGGCUAGCUCAUAG